CCUUCCUUCCUUCCUUCCUUCCUCUCCUCCUCACGAGAGCCCACACACCCAUGUACCCUUCACGUCAGCCUCAGAGGCCUCCGUUCAUGGCCCAAGGAGGCCUCACACGCUACUGCUCUGCUCCAGGUUCUCUAUUAGCCAGCGCCGUCAAUUCAGUAAUCGGUGGCGACAGUGGUGCUGAGCAAGAAUUCUUGGCCGUGGGAUCGGAAUCCAUGAUGAGUCGGUGCUUUACCGCCGAUUCAUCAUCUCUGACAUUAGAAUCAAGCUGCAAGGCCAACGUCUCAUCUGAUCUUCAAGGAAGUAACGAAAGAGUUGGCGGCGCCACCAGCUCCCCCGCUGGUCUUGAGAGAUCCUACGGUUUGAACGAGAUAGCUAUUGGCGACUUCGCAGUGGCUAGUAAUCUAAGAGGUAGUGGCGGUGGUGGACCCUCGUCGCUUACUAGACAUAGCAGCUCCCCUGCCGGAUUCCUCGACCAUCUCUUGGUCGAUAAUAACGGUUUUUCUAUUACAAGGGGAAUGGGAAGCUAUAAUUCCCAAGGAAAUGGAAACUUGAAGUCUCAGUUGAGCUUCACAAGUAGGCAAGAUUCCCUUUCUCAAAUCUCUGAGGUUAGUGAGAGCUUUCCUGUUGGAUCUUGGGAUGACACAAAUUCAAUCAUCUUUUCAAAUCCGUCGUCAAUCAAACGAGCCAAAAUCGUCGACGGUGACAUUGUCACUGGCCUCAAUGAAAUAGACACUCGGUUUAACUUAACAAGUGCAUCACUAGAGAUGAAUAGUGUAGAGAAGCUCCUACAAUUGAAUCAAGAUUCUAUCCCUUGCAAAAUCCGUGCUAAGCGUGGCUGUGCAACUCACCCACGAAGCAUUGCUGAAAGGGAGAGGAGGACUAGAAUAAGUGAAAAAUUGAAGAAACUGCAAGAGCUUGUACCUAACAUGGACAAGCAAACAAAUACUGCAGACAUGUUGGAUUUGGCAGUGCAUCAUAUCAAAAGACUUCAGAGCCAAGUUCAGAAACUCAACCAUGAUCUUGAAAACUGCACUUGUGGAUGUAAGGUAGAAAAGUAACAUUUU